AGAAGGGACAAGACCUGGAUGUGUGAAGAACCGAGGAGAAGUGAAGCAGAAGGGCUGAGGACCGCAGGCUGGUGGCAGAGCGUCACACGGGGAGGCCUCGCUGCAUUUCCUUGCUCCUGUUUCAAUGACAUGAAGCUGUAGAUUGUGACAGUGUUGCUCUAGUCCUUUGUGUUGUAUAUUGGAGGUCUCCGGUGCUGAGCAGGAUGAAUAUUGUGUGCAGGAGAUCUGUCUUACAUUUGUGUAGAAGACCCAGUCUAAUAGCAGAUGCUGGGAAAGAGAGGGGCAUCCAUUCCUCAGGUAGGAGGAGCAUGGUUAUGCCAGCCUGGGUUAUUGACAAGUAUGGGAGCAAUGAUGUUCUGCGCUUCAAUGAGAAUGUGCUGCUGCCAAUCAUCCAUUAUCCCAAUGAAGUGAUCAUUAAAGUCCAUGCUGCGAGUGUAAAUCCUCUCGAUGUGAACAUGAGAAGUGGUUAUGGCGCAAAAAGUCUGAACAUGAGUCGGGAUCCUCUUCAUAUAAAGACAUCUGGUAGUGAAUUUCCUUUGAUUUUGGGCAGAGAUGUUUCAGGAACAGUCAUGGAAUGCGGACUUAAUGUGAAGUACUUUAAACCUGGAGAUCAGGUAUGGGCAGCGAUCCCUCCAUGGAAGCAAGGUACAUUUGCAGAAUUUGUUGUUGCAAGUGUUAAUGAGGUAUCCUUGAAGCCAAAGUCACUUAGUUAUACAGAGGCUGCAUCUUUACCCUAUGUGAUGCUUACUGCAUGGGCAGCCCUUGUUAACAGCUGUGGUUUGAGCAAGGAAAAGUGUCCAGGGAAGCGUGUAUUAAUUAUUGGGGCAUCAGGGGGAGUUGGUACAGCAGCCAUCCAGCUAUUAAAAGCCUGGGGUGCUCAUGUAACAGCUGUUUGUUCUGGGAACGCCGUUACCUUGAUGAAAGACCUUGGAGCUGAUGACAUAAUUGACUAUACUGUAGCCAGGUUGAAGGACCAGUUAAAGACACGGGACCUCUUUGAUGCCAUUCUUGAUAACAUUGGAGGAACAAGUGAAGAGUUGGCUCUUCAGUUUUUAAAACCAUGGUCUGGAGCUACGUUUGUUACACUAGUCACUCCUUUUCUGUAUAACAAUGACAAGCUGGGGAUAGCGGAUGGAAUGAUGCGUACAGGGGUUACGUUGGCGUCAAAAGCAAUAAAGCACUACUACAAAGGAAUUCACUACCGAUGGGGAUUCUUUGCUCCCAGUGGACCAUCUCUAGAUGAAGUAGGAGAGCUUGUUGAUGCUGGCAAGAUACGUCCUGUAAUUGAAGAUGUAUUGCCAUUUUCUGAUGUCCCUAAAGCCUUUCAGAAGCUAGAAGCAGGACAUGCUCGAGGAAAAACUGUUAUCCAAGUUGUUGAUCCCCAAAAAUAAUUAUAAUAAUUAAUACAUUUUUAUACUUCUUCAAUUUUCCUGAAAAUUUCUCUGUUUUAUUCUUGUUUUGCAUGGGAGCAGUGUUACAAUCUUCUAAAUUGUGAAGCGUUUCUAUUUAAAAAUGCAGUAUAAAUUCUGCUCAAUACAUGUUAUAUAAGUAGGUUAGGCUACUUUCACACUUGCGGCAGAGGAAUCCGGCAAAACGUAUGCCAACUGAUUGCAUUUUAAGACUGAUCAGGAUCCUGAUCCGUCUUAGAAAU